CAAAGAAAAGCCUAUAAAAAAUACUUUAAGCUGGAAAACUUAAUAAAAGCUUUGUACUUUGUGCAUCAAAAAUGUUUUAAACAACAAUGCCAACGCCCAGCUAUAAAUUUGUGAUUGUGCUGCAAUGUGUAUUGUGUAAAACCAAGAAACUUGUUUGAUGUACAUACAUACAACAUAUAAAUGUAUGUACAUGUCGCGAUGUGAGAAAAAUGGAUAGUUUUUGGUUCAAAAUAAUAUAAAUGUGGACAAGCCCAGAUUUCCCAAAUGAGAUGUUGCCAAAAUGAACUUGGAGCUAAAUAUGUUCACAAAGAUUAGUGAUCAUAACAUAUAAAAUAAAUAAAAACCAAACCAAAAACUGAUUCAACCUAUCAAGCCUUUAUUAGCGAUUGAAAUAUUUGGUUCCAUUUCGAUUCUAUAUUGCUUAUACAUAUAUGUAUGUAAGAACAUACACAUGUAAAAGUCAGGAGGCAUCAUCAUGUCCACAAUGAAUCAUGGCUACCGCAUUGAAUUACAACAUCGAGCAUCUGAAGCGGCAGCCAAAGAAAAAGAAAAUGGUUCAGAGUGUGAACGCACAAUUUUGGAACAUAAAUUUACUAAAGACUCCGAUGGGAGAGUAUUUACAGCAGCCUUUAAUUCGAAUACAACAAGCACCACUUCUACGACAGCACUCAAGAGGUGGUGUACACCAGUAUUAACUCAAUCUAAGGAUAAACAAAAGUCUGAGUUCAGAUAUAUACGUACAUCAAAAGAAGCAAUCCCGAACGCUUCAGUCAUUUGUGCCAAUAACUCAACUGGCAGGAAUUGCAGAUCCCCUUACCCUUGUGCGAAUCAGGCGUUGAGCUAUACGCACGCUUUAGUCGCCGCCCUGCAGUCUAUAAUUAUGCAUAGGAGCUUGCAACAACGGCUGGUCAUCGCCCUGCUUCUGGUUUCUCAACUUAUAACUCCACAUCAUGCGCUGCUCGUCGAGGAUUCGGAUGUGGCUAGCGUUGGUAGCGAAUUGCUCAAGAGCAAUACCAUGCAUAGUAGUUCCAGUAACGCCAAUAACACCACACGAAAUAGUCCGGCAUCACUGGCAAUCAAUAAUACGGCUAAUUCAGCUGGCUUGGGUAGUGUGUCCUCAUCAUCCGCAGUAGCGGCCAACGGGUAUUUCGAUAAACUAGACAAUUUGGAGCGAAGUGUGGCAGCUGUGUUGAUUAAAGUGGCCUAUGGAACGACCUCGACAACCAAACGUAGCAUUCCCGAUAAUAGCUAUGUCCUAGGUCUCACGACCGUGGCGACGCCCCUGUUGACUACCCUAAGGUAUCAAUCGCCGCAUCAGCAACAAAGCAGCAACAGUCGUCACAGAAACUAUGAAUUGGACCUGGAGCGAGAUCAUGCGUUGCCAACGUCAGCACCAAAUGCUGACAUAUUAAAGAGCAACAAUAAUCCCACAUAUCCAAAUCCAAAUCGUCAUCAUAGUCACGAUCGAGAUCGCCAUCGGCAUAUUUUCAAUUCGACGCCAAUGCCUGCAAUACCCAACUUACCUAAAAAGACAAGUGGCCAGCCACCGACGAUUCCUAUGUAUCCAGGCGACAUUCCUUUAUACUCACCGCCAUCACGUUCAUUUUUCACACCGCCAUUGCCACCGGAAUAUCAGAAUCCAUUUGCCGAUAAGCCCACACUGCGUGGCACGAACAGCGAAGGUUUGGGGACUAACAUUAAUAGACGCCCCAUUCCUCCACCCAGUUUGAUGCCCGGUCAUGAGCGAAUCCCAUUUCGACCACCUGAUUUGGGUGUCUCUGGUGGAAAUGGCGAUGUGAAUGUAAGUUUUGUGAGUGCUGUCGAGUCUAAAAAGCCAAUGUCAGCUACAACCCUUGGGGCCCUUGAUGCGGAUCGAAAGAAGGCUCUGAAUACUCCAUCGCGCGUCAAUGAGGGCGAACCGGAUCGAAAUUAUACACAUGAUCAGGUUGCAGGUGUUGGCACUUCGAAGCAACAAGAUACGACAGCAAAGGACGGUGAAUCUCCGAACAAGCAACAGGAAGUGCUGCCGAAUAUACGACGUAUUUUGAGCGGCUCCAAUGGAAAGAAGAGCGACAUACCCGAGGUGUUGCUAAAGCAUGUCACACAACGACCCCUGGCAAGCUAUCACCAUCCACCCUCCUCCCCCAUAGUUCUCAUUGAAAACGUAGCGAAGGAGAGCAAUGGCGACGAUGAGAACUUGGCAUCAAGUCCGAACAUAAAUCAGAGUAAGCAAACACCCGCACAGGUAUCCGACGAUCAGAAUAUUAAGGCCAAAUCAUCGACACAUUUGCACGAUGCAAUGGAUAACAUUGGUGGGGGCCAACAGAUGGCUACAACACCAUCGGCAGCAGCAGCCAUUGGUGAGGCAGCGGCCACAUCAUCAUCCUAUGCAACGACGAGUGCAGGGCACUCGAAACAUGCACCCUCAUCAUCAAGCAAUAUUCUCUCAUCAUCGUCCUCGACGGCAGCGGGAGGAUCGGCGGCCGCCGCUGCUGCAGCAUCAGCACACACCACGUGGACCUGGGCCUGGAAUAUACACAUCUAUCUGUCGGUGGUGCUUUUCACCAUAUUGGCCGUCUAUUCACUCUACAAAAUGCUCACCUACAAUAAGCUCACUCAUUUAUUCUCGCAAUCGUAUUUCGUUUGUAUUCAUCUCAUCUUGAUCAGCAUAUGCAUAACACGCAUAUUCUAUUUGUGCUUCGAUGCGUAUAAUAUUCAUGGAAGCUUUCACAUUUUUGCCGCCGAGCUGUUGCUGAACUUGCCAGCCACGUUCCUGACAGUAUCCUUCUCCGUAUUGAUAUUGUUUUUGUUUUUAAAAUCGUUGAACCACAAGAACAAUCGUUACUCAGCCUUGAUACGACCCCUAACGGUGGUUGUGGGCUGUGGUGUCCAUGUGGUGCUCUGCAUUACACUGCAUUAUGUCGAAUCGUAUACGUUGCAGAAUCAUCAUAUAUACUUUCAACAGCAGCAACAACAACAAUUCUAUAGACGUCAGCAACAACAACAGCAGCAACAACAUCAGAUGCUGCAGCUACAACAGCAACAAUUUAGCUAUUUGCAGGCCACAAUGUCGCCAGCCGCCAGUUUGGCGAAUCCUGCUCCCCCGCCUCGCGUACUUACACUGAUAUGCCAGAUAAUCUAUAUAUUUAUAUGCCUAAGCUUGGGCUUACUAUAUCUCUAUCUUUACCGCAUAUUGAAGCGCAUAUUACGCAGCAAAUCUCAAAACUAUAUACACGGCUAUCAGAAUCUCUCCUAUGCCAUACAUAUAACAAUUGCCACAGCCCUACUCUUUGUAUUACUGGCUGCUCUCCAGAUCUUUGGAGCCAUAUGCAUCUCCACGGUGCGUCCAUUAAUGACUCAGGCCAAUAUUGAGGUGGAUUGGCUGCAGUGGGGUUAUCAAUUCUCGUUACGAUUGAUUGAGAUUGCCAUAAUUACACUAAUAUCUUGGGUCACCGGAUUAAAGACAAGUGUGGGCAAUAACUCGGGUGCCCCGGUGAAUGGAGAUGCACGCCUAGGACUGGGUGCAACCAAUGGUGGUGUCUAUAGCUCCGGUACGGGACCACCGAAUGCCGAUCGCGAGAAACACCAUGGAGCACAUCAUCAUUCAAACGCGGCCAAAUUCUUUUUGAAUUGCACCUCCAGUUCAAGUCAAGAGCAAUUUGAAACCGACUAUCCAGCCAUCUGCAAUGCCAACACGAAUCUCCACACAUACACAAUGCGAACCGGAAAAUUGAUAUACGACGAUAGCUAUGCUCUGAACUCGUUGGGCCCCAGUGCCUCACCAGGUGCGCAUCAGAGUGGGCGUGGCGGUGCCUGCACAGAAUAUCAGCUGCAAGAACCCAUGUACCAGAGACCAUAUGAUACGGGCUCUAUUCGCAGUGCUGUCAACCAUAAUAUUGCCGAAUACAACACCCAACCAGGCCAACGAUAUCACAUGCGUCCGCACGAUCAGACCCCAUAUACCGAUUAUAUGACCGAUGGCACAACUGAUCACUACGAGAAUCCAAAUUUUGAUUUGCGAGGCGGCAGCUCCUCGGGCGCCGGAUCUGCUGGUCACAGUGGAACCAUACAAAAGCUGAGUAAGAACACGGCUAGUUCCACAACAGCAUUAAGUAGUGGUGGGUCCGGCUCCUCGGGCACCUCACAACAACAAAUGUUGCUGCUGCAAAGCGAUAGUUGUUACUCCGAACCUCUACAGGAGAACUCCAGCUAUGAGUUCAACAACUUCGAGCGACCUGUAUUCAAAGAGAAAACGUUGAAUAGCGUCCCACCCAAUGAUGAAUGCUGGCCAGAGCGUCAUAAGCCACCAAAAAGUCGAGAUCGUAAGCAGAAUAAUACUCUCGAACGUGGUGGCUAUGAGAAUCCGGAGAGACGCAGCUCAAACUCCACAAAUUCCUACUCCUCGUCGAAUGGUGGUGGACGCUAUGCUGGCUAUAAUUCCUAUGAUCGUGGCUAUUAUAAUGGCGUGCGCAAAAGCGGCACCCUUAAUAAUAUUGUCAAUAAUAAUGCGGGUCCAGGACGCGCAAUGGCAGCCGCGACUAAUGCCGGUGGUGGCCAGCGCGUUUCGGGUGCCCAGACAUUGUCCGAACGUCAACAUUAUUAUCAGCGCAGUGGGCGUGGUAAUGGGCGCGGAGGAAUGACAGUCCCUAAUGAUUUGAUAUUCAAUCAACAGCAACAACAACAGCAGCAGCAACAACACUUGCAACAGCAACAUCUGCAACAGCAACAACACUAUCAGCAUAACUCUGAGGAGGAUGAGGAAGACGACAUGAUAUCAGGCAGUAAUGUAGAGUGCACCAAUUUAAUUAACAAUGAGCACGGUUCUUGUCUAACCGACGAUGGCUUCACAACAGCAGCAACCACUUCAGCAACAGCUAAUGGAGGCAACAUCGGCAUGCAAAUGAAUGCCAAGGGCGCAUUGAUGCAUAAUAAAGGCAACGACGCGCACCUACAACAUGUACAAAAUAAUCCAAAAUUAGUCCAUCUGCAAUUUAAUCAACAACAGCAGCAGCCGUCACAAAAUACGGAGCUGAGCGCUGGCUCCUCGUCAGCGAACUCCUCCAAUUCGUGCACAGCAUCAAGUGCCUCGGACAGCAUGCUGGUCGCUGAGCAGGGUUUCUUGCGCUUUCGCGCUUUAGAGGAUAUGAAUAAUUCAGCAGCUACUGCUGCUGUCGCUGCCACUGGGGCUCCACCACCUGUGGGCAUCCAUGCCAACCCUGCCUCCGUUUUGGUAUCUGCUUCUGCUUCAGCGUUGCGUUUACAAAGUCGCAGCGCGACUGCGGCGCCGGCGCCAGUUGCAGGAGCAGCAGCAGCCCCAAAUUGCAGUAGCAUGAAUGGCAUCGAUUGCUAAGACACAUCCUUUUUUGUGUUGCAAGCAUCAUCGGUCCGUAAUUUGCCUGUCGAUUGCCAAUUGUAGCUAAUUCGCCACUUUCUACUCUCUUCAAACUUGUGAUAUACAUAUAACAAAACAUUAAAAAAAACAAAUGAAAUUGAAAUUAAUCAAUUAAUGGCAAAA